GAUGUACUCGAAAGCGGCUGGUGCUGCCUGACGCUGAGAUCAGGAAGGCGCUGAGCUUAAACUAAGACAAAUUCGGAGGACGCUGGCGGUACCCCUAAUCGGAAGAAACGCUUCCUAGUCUCCAGCGUUUGCACGUUAUCAGGCGGUGUGAGCUUAUAGAAAUGGGACGCCGGUCAUCAGAUACUGAAGAAGAAAGCAGAAGUAAGAGAAAAAAGAAACACCGUAGACGAUCAUCUUCAAGUAGUUCUUCAGAUAGUAGAAUAUACAGCCGAAAGAAAGGUGGAAGGAAAUCAAGGUCAAAGUCAAGAUCUUGGUCUAGAGAUCUUCAGCCUCGUUCACAUUCUUAUGACAGAAGACGCAGGCAUCGAUCAAGCAGUAGUUCUUCGUAUGGCUCAAGAAGAAAACGAAGUCGAAGUCGUUCACGAGGUCGAGGGAAAUCCUAUAGAGUUCCGAGGUCUAGGUCAAAAAGCAGAUCAAGAAGAUCCAGGUCAAGACCUCGCCCACGUUCCCAUAGUCGAAGCAGUGAAAGGUCCAGUCACAGAAGAACCCGAAGUCGAUCUCGAGAUAGAGAACGUCGUAAAGCCAGAGAUAAGGAGAAAAGAGAAAAGGAGAAGGAUAAGGGAAAGGACAAGGAAUUGCACAGCAUCAAACGUGGGGAAUCUGGAAACAUCAAAGCUGGAUUAGAACAUCUGCCACCAGCUGAACAGGCCAAAGCCAGACUACAGCUGGUUCUUGAAGCUGCUGCAAAAGCUGAUGAAGCAUUGAAAGCCAAAGAAAGAAAUGAGGAAGAAGCAAGACGAAGAAAGGAGGAAGACCAAGCCACCCUCGUAGAACAAGUAAAAAGAGUAAGAGAAAUUGAAGCUAUUGAAAGUGAUUCUUUUGUUCAGCAGACAUUCAGAUCAAGUAAAGAAGUCAAAAAGUCAGUGGAACCUACUGAAGUGAAGCACGCAACCACAGCAUCAGGACCAGCAUCAGUGGUUGCUGAUCCACCCAAUAUUGAAAAAGAAAUAGACCCUGGUAGCAUCCCUACCUCUAUCAAGUACCAAGACGACAAUUCUCUGGCCCAUCCCAAUUUAUUUAUUGACAAAGCAGAGGCUGAGGAGAAAUGGUUCAAGAGAUUAAUUGCUCUCCGACAAGAAAGGCUAAUGGGCAGCCCUGUGGCCUGA